UGGCAACGCCCUCCGCACUUCCGGCCGCCGUAGCGGUGCUCCCGCCCCCUGAUGACGAAACCGGAAGUAGCCUCCCCGGGGAGGCGGAAGCGAUGGAGCCGGCGAAGAUGGCGUCUCCCAAGAGCGCUCCCAAAGACGCGCAGGUGAUGGCGCAGAUCCUGAAGGACAUGGGUAUCACGGAGUACGAGCCGCGCGUCAUCAACCAGAUGCUGGAGUUCGCCUACAGGUACGUGACCACUAUCCUGGAGGACGCGAAGAUUUACUCCAGCCACGCCAAGAAGUCCAGCGUGGACGCGGACGACGUGCGGUUGGCGAUCCAGUGCCGCACGGAUCAGUCCUUCACGUCCCCUCCGCCCCGCGAUUUCCUGUUGGACAUCGCCAGGCAGAAGAACCAGACGCCGCUGCCGCUGAUCAAACCUUACUCCGGGCCCAGGCUGCCCCCUGACAGAUACUGCCUGACAGCGCCCAACUACCGCCUGAAGUCCCUGCAGAAGAAGGUCGCGUCCUCUGCAGGAAGAAUCACAGUCCCUCGCCUGAGCGUCGGAGCUGUGAGCAGCAGGCCCAGCACACCCACCCUAGGAACACCUUCAGCACAAACAGUGUCUGUUUCAACAAAAGUGGGCACCCCGGUGUCGCUGACGGGGCAGAGGUUCACCGUGCAGAUCCCCUCGUCGCAGGCAGCAGUCAAGACAGCCACACCAACUACUCCAACAGUUCAGAAUGUUCUGAUUAAUCCUUCAUUAAUUGGACCAAAGAACAUUCUUAUUACUACAAAUAUGGUAUCAUCACAGAACGCAGCGAGUGACUCGAAUCCCUUGAAAAGGAAGCACGAAGACGAUGAUGAUUAUGAUACUUUGUGAAGAAACUGCCCCAUCCCCUCCUGUUCCUCAGUGAUUCAUAUUGAGUCUGAAAGGAUUUUUUUUUUCCCUAAGUUUUCAUUGUAAACUGCGUGGUCGCAUGUCAGUACUGGGGUAGGGUGCAGCUGGGUGGAUGCUGAGGAGAUGGUCGACCUGUGGAAAAACUAAAAAGCAAUUCACAUUUUCAUCUGGUCUCUGAUGGCUUUUGAACUUUCCAGCAGUGCUGACUGUGACGCAGGAGUCCAGCCCUCACCUCUCUUCUGUUGCCUUAUUUCAAGGAGAAAACAGCCCGUGUCCCUGCAGCCUGCUGAGCUGGAUGCUCCCAGUACUGCUCUGUGCCAAAAACCCACAACUUUUAGACAGUGGGGUGGUAUAGAAGACAACAGCUAAAUAAUUUCGUAUUCAAUAAUAAAGUCCUAGAUGAGAAAGGAAGUAUCUUGGCUACUUUUUUAUCCCCCCAAAAUGCAUUUAAGUGUUGUAGAUUGCACAAGUUGUAGACAUGGCUGGUCUAGUGAUCUCUUAACAAUAGAAAUACAGGCAAGAAGAGGAAGGGCAGGAGGGAGCAGCUGCCCCCAUUCCUGUUCUGUGUAUUUCCAGAGCUGUGCAGCAGCUGGCACUUCCUGGAGCUUAUGAUGUGUUACAUGUGCACUGAGGAGAGCAGUGCUGUCCUCAUGGCAAACCAGGUGAGGCUGAGGGGGGGGGACACAUUGUUCUGCCCUCAACUUCAGGUGUUUGAUGUGGGGCUUCAUGCACUGGGAGAUGCUCAUGUUGUGUACUAAGAUCCCAGGAAUGCUGUAAUAAAUAACUAGUUACA